GUCAACAUGUUUUACAGGACUGCCGAGGAACACGUGGAGCUGUGGGACCGAGAUAAGGACGGCUACAGCGCCAGAGAGCCUCUUCUGUCUGUGGCCAACCAGAGGCUGUAUGACUAUGUGUUGGUGGCCAACAAGCUUGAUGAGCUGGAGGACUUGCAGACAUCUGAGAGACAGAAGGACUUCAUUCAGCAGCUGGAGAAGAAGAAUAUCAAAGUUACUAAAGUCAUCCAUGAUGAUAAAGUGUUUUUCGGCCUGCGAGCGCCCAGCGAGCUGUUUGAGCAAUACAAAUACCUGCUGAAGGUUUCUGACUCCUGCAACUGGAGAGGAGAUGUGAAAGGAGUGUUCCCUCACGCAUCACGAAUACGGAUUGUCAAUUUCAUCCUUCAUCACACCUUCAUCAACACCGGAGAGGACCUUCAAGAGCUUCUCAAGAAGGGGGUUUUUGAGACGAUCUUCUGUCUCCAUGAGAAGAAGAAACAGAAGGAGCUGAAGAAGAAGUGGGCGAGAUGGUCUGGCCUGUUUGUCGGCCAGCCAGUUGGUGAUGUGAGGUGUUAUUUUGGGGAGAAAGUUGCUCUGUACUUCCUGUGGCUGGGAUGGUACACCAAACUGCUGGUUCCUGCUGCUUGUCUGGGGCUUGUAGUUUUCCUCUACGGGUUGGCCUUCUUCCAUACCAACCCACUCAUUAAGGAAGUAUGCGAGUCCGACACGAUCAUGUGUCCGAGAUGUGACAAAAGAUGUGGUGUAUGGCAACUUAAGGACACCUGCACCUAUGCUAAGGUGAGCCAUCUCUUCGACAAUGAAGGCACGGUGGCGUUUGCGAUGUUCAUGGCUAUCUGGGCCACGUUGUUUCUGGAGCUGUGGAAGCGACAUCGGGCCAGAUUCGUGUCUAAAUGGAAAGUCUAUGACUGGUGUGAGGACGAGGAGGAGCUGAUUCUGGAUAUCAUCAAUGAUCCUGACUGUCAGCCCAGACAGUUCACACACUCCUACCUGUGUAGCACACUGGUGCUGCUGCUGGUCACACUCAUGCUGGUGCUCAUCAUCGGGCUAGCUCAUGCGCUGGUGGUGUUUCGAGUGGUUGCAGCGCCGCUUCUGUCAGAAGGAAGCUGGGAAUUCGUCAAAGAACACGCCAACACGGUGGCCAUCAUGCUGGGAGCCGUACUGCACUACCUCACCAUUCAGAUCAUGAGCCGGGUGAACAGAUGGGUCGCUUUCAAGUUGUGUGAGAUAGAAAAGACACGCUCGUUUGUUGCCACAGAACGAAGCUUUACUGUCAAGAUGUUCACCUUCCAGUUCUUCACUCUCUUCUCUUCCCUCUUCUAUGUGGCGUUCUUCCUGGGCAGGAUAAACGGGCAUCCGGGAAACUACGUGCGCAUCGCGGGGUGGAGACUGGAAGAAUGUCACCCCAGCGGCUGUCUGACAGACCUCUUCAUCCAGAUGGCGAUCAUCAUGUUGCUGAAACAGACGCUGAACAACAUCUUUGAGUUCACCGUGCCCUGGCUGAAGCGAUGUUUCCGGAGGAACGCCACCAAGAAACUCCAGAGGAAGUGUGGUCACUGCUACAGGAAGAUGUGUCGUGAUGAGAACAGCAGCCUGGAGCCAUGUGACAUCUGUAAACUCCACGACUGGCUGCGCAAUUACCACCUGGCUGACAUCAAUGCUUUCAGCCUCUUCAAUGAGUUUCUGGAGAUGGUGGUCCAGUUUAGUUUCACCACCAUCUUUGUGGCGGCGUUCCCGCUGGCCCCGUUGCUGGCCCUCCUCAACAACAUCUUUGAGAUCCGCCUGGAUGCCAUCAAAAUGGUCAGCUUGGAACGGCGCCUGGUCCCCCAGAAAACCAAUGACAUUGGCAUAUGGACCAAGAUUUUGGAGGCCAUCGGUGUGCUGGCCGUGAUUGCCAACGGCUUGGUGAUUGGAAUUUCCUCUGACUUCAUUCCUCGCCUCGUCUACCGCUAUCGAUAUGGACCCUGUGCCAGUGGAGACCAUCAGACCGAUUGUAUGCAGGGAUACAUAAACAACACGCUGUCCACGGCGUCCAUGAUGGACCCGGCGGUUCAACGGGACUUCCUGCCCACUCAGCUGUUCAUAGAGAUCAACUUUAAUGUCACACAGUGCAGCUAUAAGGACUACAGGAGCUCUGAAGACUACAGUUUGACUUCUCAGUUCUGGCUCAUUCUGGCCGUGCGGUUUGCCUUCAUCAUUCUGUUCGAGCAUGUGGUGGUGGUGUGUAAGUUCAUAGCAGCCUGGUUUGUGCCUAACAGCCCCAUGCGGGUGAAGAACCAGCGGCUGCAGGAGAAACUCAGCAGACUGAAGGAGGAACUUUGUGAGAUGAAGCGCUACAAUAAAUCAACGGACGUCUAGCAUCUCUUGAGGACCUCCUGUGGUGGACUUUGGAAUCAGUGUCCAUUCUCUUGUUACCAAGACUGGACAGACAAACUGGUUUACAUUCUGUCGGAGAAUAAUAGACUGGUGUGAAUCUAGUCUAAACUCCGAAUCACUCCACCAACCGUCUUCUUCACCCCUGGGUAGUUUUCAUCAUCAAUGGGUCAUCAAUUAGUUUCAUCCAUCCACUGUCAGUCAGAAACAUCCCCUGUCAGUUGUCAUCCACCAUCUUUCCUUCAGUAGAUGGGACGUCUGCUGUUUUGUUCUCAACAAUCAGCGGAUUUUAUUCCAUUUUUUAUUUUUAAUCUAAAGAGUCUGAACAGGCCACACUAGAACCACUUGAUGCUCAUUGGGCCAUCACAUUCUUUCACUUCACAUUUCCCUUUCAAGUCAACAGGGCCCCACAAUGUCCUUCAGGAACACCAGGAAUAAAGUUUGACCUCCAU